AUGGUCGCGGCAGCGCAGCACGCGAAAAGCUCGUCUGUCUCGGAGGGACACUCUUCUGACCCUCGUCGACCUGAGCAAGCAGAAAUCGCCGCUCCAGCUGCCAAGCACUGGUCGAGCAUGGUCUUUGGUGCGACCUUACUCGAUAGCUUGCUCGCCUUUCCCUUUGUUGAUCUGAGAGCUGUUCGCGACACGCGGUAUCGUGUCUUCUGGAAGUCGACCUAUCUGACGAAAGGUGCCUGGUAA